AGAAGAAGAAUACAGCAGUCAUACAGGCUUCUUAAACACAGUUGUUUCAUUUGACCAUCACACCAGUCACUGUCAGCCAACUCAGAUCACUCCAACAAAGAGGAGAAGAAAUCACGUGACACUGCAAAAGAUCGAGCUCGAUUGACCUCGAUCCCCUCUCCCCCUUCUUUAUCGAUCUUCCUCACUCUCCUCUCUGCACCGUCGGCAUCGUCAUGAACUCGAUUCGGGCGUGUGUGUGCGGCAGUGGCUACGGCGCCUUCAGCGAGGCCGCCGUCAUCGAUCGCCUCCUCGCCCUCGUCGGCACCCCGCGGACCGGCCGGGUCUGCGUCGCCUACGUCGGCACCGCCACUUACGACCUCCCCGACGGGCAGGCGGUGCAGACCUCCUUGCUUUCCGACCGCGGCUGCGAUGUCCGCCCAAUCCGUGUAGCCGACCCCGCCGCCAAAGUCGUUAGCGACGCCGAUGCGGCCUUCUUGCAGAACGAGGCGGACGUGGUGGUCGUCUCGGGGGGCAACACCCUCUACGCCGUGCGUAGGUGGGAGGAGACGGGUCUGGACAAGCUGCUAAGGGCGGCGGCGGCGCGGCAGGUGGUGUUGGCAGGUGGCAGCGCGGGUGCGAUUUGCUGGUUCACCUCUGGGCAUAGCGACUCAGCCGAUCCCGCAACCUACCUCCAGCCCUCGCUCACACGCGCCGCCCUCGACGCCGGGUUGAUCCCAGCCGGGGAGGUGGAGAAGGAGGAGGCGAACUUGGCGAACCUCAGCACGUCGUGGUCGUACAUCCGCGUCCACGGCCUCGACAUCUUGCCGGGUCUGGUGUGCCCGCACUUCGACGUGACGCAGGGCAACGGAGUCCGGAGGGAGGAGGACUUCACGAAGAUGCUGCGGCGACACCCGUCUGAGAGGGGCAUCGGGAUGGACCACUGGUCGGUGCUGGUGUUGAAAGGGGAUGGCGCCUACGAGGUGAUGGCCGUGCCGGGCAAAACCCGCACCGCGAGUCCGGCAAACGCGUCCGACACGGCCACGAUGCCGGGUGUCUUUACACUGGACGUCGUGGACGGCGAGGUGCGGCGGGUGCGUGCGCCGACGGAGGGGAAGGUGUCGGAGCUGCUCCGUGCGCCGACGGGCCCUCUCGUUGCCGACCCCUUCGAGCGUUUCUACGCCAUGGAGAACCCAACACCGUCCUCCGGGUCGCUGCUGCGCCGCUAA